AUGGCACAUCCCUGCUUCGAACAGUACACACACAUCACCAUGUCGAGUCGUCCGGAAAACCUGGUGAUUGUCAACGCGAAUGCGGCCAGUGGGCGAUCAAACACCAUGGAUGCCAAGAAACGCGUCUUAAAGCCACUUCCGCCAGUCUCGUCGUUCAAGUACAACUCCAUUCUGGCGACAUGUGAAACCGAGGCCCAGGACGUGACCGACUGUCUGCAACACAUUGCUGCAAAGUACCAGCAUGAUCUGUCAUGCGAGGUGGACGAGGUGAAGAGGGCACAGGUCGAGCUGAUUCGCCGAAUGGGCGAAAUUGACUCGCUUUUGGUCAACACGUCCACGCAGAUCAACAUCAACAUCCAGCAGUUCAGGACCUCCAAGAACACCCUCAAGUCGGUGGAAAACAUUUCAACACAAUGCGAACAGACCUACCAUCGUUUGGACUCGAUCAUCAACCACCUGUUUUCGAUCGAAGAAAAGCUACCUUCUUACGAGCGUCUAGGCCUGGAAAAGAGCCCCCAUAAACAACAUUACCCUGUGCUACAUGAGUGGAUGAGAGCAAAUGACAGAGGCCCUUCUGCAUCACCUUCUUCUCCACCAGGAGACCAACAACAAGACAUAACUAACCAUCCAUACCCCUCGCGUGACCCAAACAAAAGCACAGACUCAAUCUCUUCCCAGGUACCACUUUCAAAACUGCAAGAGAGAUCGCUACAAACAGUCCGAUCACGCGACUCGACCUCUUCAGACCGACCGCCGCUAUCAAAACAGUCGUCACGUGAGUUCCUGCGUCCUGCCAGCAGCCAAUCACGUGAAUCACGUGAGUCUCUACGAUCUCUGCGAGACAACAGACGUGCUCUCAACACCAAAACAUACCCCUCUCUCUACCCUCGGCCAAUGAUGUCGCUCAUGUCUUCCACCAGCAAUGUGUCUACUACCAUGAGUCCCAUCGAGCCUCAGACGCUGUUUGAAGAGGCUGUGGCCACCACUCGAGCUCCUAGACGCAUGGUUUCAAUGCAGAGCAUUCAGAGUAUGCAAAGUCUCAACUCCGGACAGUUGCCUCUCAUGGAGGCAGACUCUGCGUCUACGGUUUCGCGUGCUGCUACCAUCAAAUCCUCCUUUUCUUUCCGAGGAAUCGCAGACUUCCUCAAGGGCUCGCCCAAGAAGAAAAUGUCUGCCGAGCAGAGACUCAGAGGGUUUCUCUAA